AUGGCCGGCGGAAAGAAGUCUCGUCUGGCUAGCCGCCCAAAACCAAAGGAAGUGGACGAGGAGACGAAGCGACGAGCCGCCACCCUGCCCGAGGAGUUUGACUGGCGCAAUGUCGACGGUGUGAACUACGUCAGUCCGGUGAGGGACCAAGGCUCCUGCGGCAGCUGUUACAUCUUCUCGUCGAUGGCCCUUCUGGAGGCCCGCCUUCGAAUUGCCACCAACAACAGCGAGCGCACCGUUUUCAGCACGCAGGAGGUGGUCGAUUGCAGUCGGUACUCGCAGGGCUGCGACGGAGGCUUUCCCUACCUGAUUGGCGGCAAGUACGCCCAGGACUACGGCGUCAUCGACGACGCCUGCUACCCCUACACGGCUACGGCGCAACAGUGCAAGACCUCGACCCAGUGCCGAAAGCGAACCUACGCAGCCAAGUACAACUACGUGGGCGGCUACUACGGCGGCUGCAAUGAGGAGCUGAUGC